AUGCCGGGGGGCCCAGGCGGGCACGCGGGAUGCCCCCUGCUGCUGUGGCUGGGCGUGGCCAUACUGGCUCAUGUACUGGUGGCGCUCUUCGGCGUUCUCAAUCGCUGGUUGCAGGUCAAGCCUUCGCCGUCCCUGCCUGCCCUGCGGCUGGCGCUGCUGGUCAGCCUGCUGGCGCUGGUGAGCGUGGCGAUAGUGGAUGCUGCGGCGAGGGUCACAGGCGCGGUGCUGAGGGCGGGGCGGCUGCGACGGAGCGACCGCGAGCAGCAGCGGCGGCGGCGGCAGGGCAGCGGCAAGCCUGCGCUGCCCAAAUGUUGUCCCAUCAGCGCCGACGGCAGCACCUCCUGCCCCCAGGAAAUAGACAGCGGCCGGGUCGCAGAGGACGGUCACUUAGCUGCGCAGGCAGAUGAGGCCAGCGGGCAGCAGGCGGACGCAGGCGCAGCGGUCGGUACUGCUGCCGCCCCGGGCCUGCGCCCCUCCCCAGUCCAGCAGCCCUCCGCCCCCACCUGGCAUCGCCAGGACAGCACCUUUGUGCGGCGGCCCGGGCAGCCGCUGCCGCCGCGGCCCGAGCUGGCGCUGCAGCGGGGGCUGUCGCGCCGGGUGCGGGACCUGGGCGAGGGGCGGCCGCAGCUGGUGUACUGGGGCGCGCUGGCCGUCACCACCGUCUCCUUUGCCGCCGCCUACACCUGCCAGAUCAUCGCCCCCGGCUUUGUGGACCCCGCGCUGGUCCAGCUGGUCAACAUGUUCACCGUGAUCGGGGUGGCGCUCUUCCAGCGCCUGCUGCUGCACCACCGCCUGCCCACCGCCAUCUGGCCCGCGUCAGGCGCCAUGCUGGCGGGCGCCGCCAUGGUCAUCAUCCCCACCAUUGGCAGGGGCCAGGCGGCGGGGUUGGAUGACUGGCAGGGGUGGCUGGGGUUUGGGCUGUCGGUGUGCUCCAUGCUGUGCACGGUCGCCUACUUUGUCAGCCUGCAAGCCUUCCGCCGCCUGGGGUUCACCAGCCUGCAGCUGCAGUACUGCUACCUCGGCUUCUGCAUCCUGGUGCUGCUGCCGCUGUCUCUGCCCAUCAACGGCACCGACUGGUCCCGCCAGUUUGGCGGCUGGGGCGCCAGCGACUGGGCGGUGCUGGCCCUCACCUCAUCUGUCGUCUGCGUGGGAGCCAACUAUGCCAUCCAGCACUCCACCUGGCAGCUGGGCGCCCCCACCGUGAGCAUGUUCUACGGGCUGCGCCUCAUCUCCUCCAUCAUCGAGUCCCAGCUCCUGCUGGAUUACACAAUCAUCAAAACGGGCGUGCAGAUCGCGGGCUCAGCCAUCACGGUGGCAGCGGUGACCGUGUACAUGUGGCUCCAGUGGCGGGACAGCAAGCGAGCGACGGCGCGUGCAGCGGCUGCUGCAGGCGACGAAGCAGCGGCAGCGGCGAGCGACGAUGCAGACGUCGAGGCAGCGGCAGCAGCUGAUGGGGCUUGUGGCGGCUUGACUGACGAGGGUGGCAGCUGCCACAGGCCUGGCCAGCCCAGCGAAUUGCUGCAGCUGCCUCAGGCCAAACACAGCUGUCUAGACAGCAGUCAGGAGUGA